GACCGGAACGGAAAAAGAUGCACAAGAAGAAGAAGUGAACAUGGAAAGAAGAAGAAGGGGGAAACCAGUCUACCACCACCACCCUAUGUCACACAAAACCAUAGACAUAGGAAAUCGGUGACACGGGUGGUGACCUUGAUUAACUUGCACGUGUAGUCGUUCACGUGACCUUUUGCGCAACAACAAACUCUAUUUACAAAUGGCCCCUCUGCUAUUCACGACCAAACCUUCAAAACACGCUCUGCUUAGACAUCGAUAAUGGCUUUUGUGGAAGAUCUCGUCGUUGACAACGUCGUCUUGCAAAAGAAUUUGAACGGUCUCCAAAGCGAGGACAAGAGAAAACGAAAAUCGGCUCUUAAUGACCUCCGGAAACAAUUGUUUUCACAACUUCCAAAAUGUUCCUCUCUGCUGCAAGACAAUCAGGAUGUGUCCAAGGCAAUUAUUAGGUGCAUUAGCGAUGAGUCAGAAGCUUGCAGAGAAGCUGCUGUCAAUUUUCUCAAGGAUCUUUUAGUUGAGGAUGCGAUUGCGGAUGUGAAUCUUGUGCUGCUUAUGCCGGUCCUGUCACGUAGGUUAGGUUCAGAAGAGGUGGUGGAACCCUCAGAAGAAGUGCGACAUGCCUUAGUUGAGUUGCUUCAUGUUGUUGUGAAGAAAUCCUCAAAAGAUCUGUUUCCCUUUUUUAAUGACAUUGUUAGUAUCUUGAAAAAAACUGUCCUCGAUCCUUACCCGAAAAUUAAAAAGGAAAGCUGUGAAUGUGCUUCUUCGUUAGCAUUUGCAAUCCCUGAGAGUUUUCACAUGCAGUCUGAGUCACUUAUCAAGCCACUUGUGCAGAUUUUGACACAUCAGCAAUACAGAGUGAGAGUUUCUGCCAUCCUAGCCUUGGGUGUUGUUGUUCGCUAUGGAAACAACAAAUCAAUUAAAGAAGUUGCUGGCCCUCUUGCAGAGAGGAUGUUUGAUCAAACUCCUCAAGUUCGUGACGCAAUAACGCAAGUGAUAGGAGACUGGUUGGCUCAUUUGCCAGACCGAUAUUCAUACUUUCAUAUUAUGAUACCUCUUAUGCUGACAAGUUUGAAUGACCCAUCAUCAGACAUUCAGGAAAAGGCUUGGAUUUUGUGGAAUGCUGCUGGUCACCAAUGGAUGAAAGAAAAUGAGGAUGACAUCAAGGAUAAGUUAGACUUCUUGGAUAAUGUUCCAUUGCAUUACCCUCACAAUAUAAGGAGGCCAAAUAUGGGUUGCCGUACUCUGGUCAAAAGAAAUUUGCAUAAAAUUGCUCCAGCAUUAGUACGUGAGUUACAAGAUUGGCUUGUUGAUGUACGGAUAAAAGCAUCACAGCUUCUCUGUGUUCUCAUAUUGAAUGCAGAGUCUGAUUUACACCAGUAUCUUGAACAGCUGCUCCUGGGAAUGUACAGAGCCUGCCACGAUGAAGACAUAAGAGUUGUCAACAAUAUUGAACAAGCAUCUCAUCUUAUUGGAUAUUUCAUUCCUCCAUGUAACUACUGGUCACUCAUACAUCCUGUCAUGGAAGAUUCUUGCCAUCAGGGGCACCUUCGAGUUCUCGCUUUUGUCAUGAGAGGAGGGGAACCAAGCAGUCUUGAAAGCUUUCUGACAACCAUAGCAGACUUUCUUGAGCAGCCAACCAUCUGUCAAUCCAGAGAGUCUCUCUAUCAGUCCCAGUUGGUCAAAUGCUGUGAGUCUAUGAUGAUUGUUUGUGGGAAACAUUGUAUCAAGGUCUCCCAACAAAUGUUCAAUAUUCUUGUUACUGUCUUGGCCCUUGCUGCAUCAGAUGAAGUUCAUAAAGCUUCUCAAGAUGAACUUCAAAAGUUAAAAAAUUUUCAAGACUUGGCAGAAGAUUAUGAACUAUACAAAAAAUUUAUGAGGCCUUUAUUACUGAAUGUUAGUUCAGCCCCAGUGGGGUGGACAGUUCAUUGCCCAGAGAGAUUGAUUUUUCAAACAUUAAUUUUGAACUCUGGUCCAGCCUUAAGUGAUUGUCUUGAUGUUAUGGUACCAACAUUAUCAGCAAGUUUAUGUCCUGAAAAUGAAGAUGCUGAAAUGAAAUUGAAGUUGCUGACGAAUCUUGCAGUGAUUCUACAAAACACAGAUAAAACUCACUGUAUCUCCACAGAAGUAAUGGAUCCUUUUCUUUUUUCAAUUAUAAAAGGUGUGAUAGCUCCAAACUUGGUUUGGAAAGCAGGACGGACCGCAGAAGCGUUACGAACCAUCACUGUGUCUUGCCUCUUAUCCAUCCUGCAGACCCAUGGGACAAGUCAUUGUGAAACAAUGGUGUAUCUGCUGGAUUCACUUGUUCCUAUACUUCUAGCACUUGUUGAAGAUGCCUCCAAGAAAACAAGACUCUACACCUGCUAUUCGUUAUGCCAAAUUAUAAGUGCUGCUCAGAAAAUGAGUAAAUUAAAUGCUGAACAUGUUCAAAAGAUUUAUUACGUGGUCCUGAAACGUUUGGACGACGUUGAUGACAGUGUGAGAAAAGUUUCAGUUGAAAUUCUUCGAAAGUUAUUCAGUUGUCUUCCCAGUGACUACAGCAUAGAAUGUUCAUCAGCGCAUAUUGAAGCUCUAUAUUCCACUCUUCUUAUUCAUUUGGAUGAUCCCAGUGUUGAAUUUGGAUCCUUGUUACUAGGUGUCCUGAAGGAGCUAUCCGGGUUAAAACCUGAAUAUUUGUUGGAAAGAUUGAAAGCAACAGCUUCUAACUACAGAAAUCAAGAUGCUUGCCAAGAAUUACUCGCUCACAUCUCAGCCUCAGCCAAAUCAGUUGCUCCUUGAUUGUAAUUUUUGGUUCAAAGAUUAACGUGUUACAACUUAUUUACUUGUGAUAAUUUUGCUUUUUUUUAAAUAUCUUUUUUAAAAAAAUGAACUAAUGACAUGUUUGUCUGUAAUUUUGUUGUCUUCUGAUAGAAAUGGAUAUAAAGCAGCACAUAAUGGAA